AUGAGCCAUACACUUCAUCUCCAAAUCCUCAUCUCCGCUCUAUGUCUACUCUUCUGCAAGCCCUCGUGCGCCACCCCUAACAACGGUAGACUCGACCUGCAACUUCCUUUCGUGCCCGUGAACAACCCUCCUUUGUCGAAAGAGCAUAAUUUUACCUUGAGACACAUUUACCACAAAGGAUCUCACCGAUACCCACGACUUUUCCGCAAAAUCGAUAUUUAUCACGAUUCACUUGUUCAAGAUGGCACAAAAGAGAGCUGCUGCGAAGGCGAGGCGACUUCAACAGCGUUUGCUGUCAAAUCGAAUGCACUUGAGAUACAGCGACUAUCUGACCGCAGUCGCCACAGCAUCGAUAGUUUAUUGGAAGCUGGAGAAUUCUUGGGAGAACCUGUUUCGCUGACCUCUGAUGCUUGGACAAUAGAUAGGAUCUCCGGGCCUGACGUCAGUGAUAAAAGUACGGUGUUGAGUUUCGCACACGUUGCUGCAAAUGCAUACGUCGAUCCGCCACAUGGAGGAGAAUGGACCGAUAUUGGUGGAGGUUUCAACUACACUGAGGAUUUCGGGUGGGAGCGCGAUGGACUACGCGGUCAUGUGUUUGCCGACACGGAAAACAAAACCGUGAUUAUCGGACUCAAAGGGACCUCUUUACCUUAUUUCGACGACGGCGAGACUUCCAAUAACGAUAUCCUAAACGAUAAUUUAUUCGGGAGUUGCUGCUGUGGUCAAGGUGGCCAAUACGCGUGGAGGAGGGUUUGCGACUGCCAGACUUCAACAGAUACCUGCAACUCAAGCUGUCUGAUGACAAGUCUGCGGAAGAAAAGCAACUAUUACCAUGCCGCUCGACAUCUAUACCAUAACAUCACUGCAAUCUAUCCAGAUGCCGAUGUCUGGCUGACCGGACAUUCGCUAGGUGGCGUGGUAUCCUCGCUUCUGGGACUCACCUACGGACUCCCCACUAUCACUUUCGAAGCCUUUCCCGAUGCCCUCGCCGCUCGACGAUUGGGUUUACCCACACCUCCUGGCUACAGCAUUGGUGACGUUGGAAAACACUACACUGGGAUCUAUCAUUUCGGUCAUACAGCCGACCCGGUAUACAUGGGACACUGCAAUUCCUUCAACUCACCCUGCACGAUUGCAGGGUAUGCCUUCCAAAGCAAAUGCCACACUGGACACAAUUGUACGUACGAUACAGUCGGCGAUCUAGGUUGGAGAGAGUCUAUCGGUACGCACAGAAUAAGCAGUGUGAUCAAGGAUGUGAUUGAGAAAUACAACGCCACUCCGAGGUGUGAGCAAGAUGUCGAUUGCGCUGAUUGCUCUGAGUGGAAGUUUUUUGAUGAGGAAAAGACUACCACUACUUCAAGGAUAGAAAGCUCAACAUCCCAGACCACGACUACCAUUUGCCAGACCCCAGGUUGGUGGGGCUGUCGAGAUGGUACCACAAGCACAACUACUUUCUGA